AUAUUGCUGUUGUCCUUCUCUUUUGUCAUCAAUACCUGAAAAUUCAAAUUUCUUCCAGAACUCUAUUUUUUCUUACUUUAAUUCUUGUGGAUACAGUGAUUGUCGUCCUCUGAAGUUUCGAAAAAGUGAUGCGAAAUGGUGGAAUGGUUGAGGAAUCAAUUUAAGUCUAUAGAGAGGUUUUUUGGAGUUUGAAACAACAAGUUUUCUCCGGGAGACGCUGGACUAGCGAGGAUGGAGGGUAAAUUCCAGAGUCAAAAUGGCGAGGAUGACGCUCCCCACAUAAACGGCAAGAAAAUGUCCAUGACACUGAACGUUAAUGGACUCUGGGACGUUGUCCCCCGUCUGGACCACUACAGAGCUAGUCGACGAGCGAAGAGGCCAUCGCUGAGUGAUUUGCACGACGGCAAUCCCGUCAAAGAGGGCAAUAUCGAGGCUGGCGUCACUCCCGGUCCUGUUCAUGGGGGCAUUAAGCUGGGGUGGAUCCAAGGGGUCCUCAUACCCUGUUUAUUGAACAUCUGGGGGGUUAUGCUCUUUCUGCGACUAUCGUGGAUUGUCGCACAGGCUGGAAUACUCCAGAGUAUUAUUAUAAUUGGAAUAUCGGCUGGAGUUUGUGUCAUCACUACUCUGAGUCUCAGUGCAAUUAGCACUAAUGGCGAAGUAAAGGGAGGAGGGAUUUACUUCAUAAUAUCAAGAUCCCUUGGUCCGGAGUUUGGAGCCUCCGUGGGCAUAGUAUUCGCAUUUGCUAACGCUGUAGCCGCAUCGAUGAACACCAUAGGGUUUUGCGAUUCUAUGAAUGAGCUGCUUAAGCCCACCGGGGGGAUAAUCGAUAAUGGGGUGCAAGAUACACGGAUCAUAGGGUGUAUCGCGAUAUUUAUUAUGAUAUUAAUUUGCGCUGGUGGGAUGGAGUGGGAGUCCAAGGCUCAAAACUUCUUAAUCGCAAUCAUCGUAAUCGCAAUGUUUGAUUUCCUAAUCGGAGCGAUUGUUGGCCCGCGAGAAGCGAUCCAAGAAGCCGCAGGUUUCGUUGGCUUUUCAUCGCAGACCUUGAUCUCAAACUGGGGACCAGAUUAUCGUCGAUUUGAAAAAGUGAAUUACGACUUCUUCUCCGUCUUCGCUAUCUUCUUCCCAUCUGUCACUGGAAUUCAAGCUGGUGCCAAUAUAUCCGGCGAUCUGAAGGACCCGGCCAGCAGUAUUCCCAGUGGUACACUAUUGGCUCUCCUUAUCUCCAUGAUCAGUUACGUUAUGUUUGUGCUGUUUGCUGGGGGUGCUGCUGUGCGUGAUGCACCGGGAACUUACGAUAAUGGGACUAUUAUCAACUGUACGGUUGGGGUGGACUGCGAGUAUGGCCUUCACAAUAGUGUUUCGAUAAUGCAAAUGAUGUCACUAUGGGGUCCACUCAUCUACGCAGGGUGCUUCGCAGCGACUCUGUCCACAGCCCUGACGAAUCUCAUAUCCGUUCCGCGUCUCAUUCAAGCCCUAGGUCGCGACAGAAUUUAUCCAGGCUUGAUUUUCUUCAGCAAGGGCUAUGGAAAGGCCGGCGAGCCGUAUCGUGGCUAUGUCCUCACGUUCUUUGUAGCUGCGGGCUUCCUCCUAAUCGCCAAUCUCAACGCAGUUGCACCACUUAUCUCCAACUUUUAUCUAGCCUCAUAUGCCCUAAUAAACUUCUGCACGUUCCAUGCUGCGCUCAUAAGACCGCUCGGCUGGCGGCCGACUUUCAAGUAUUACAACACCUGGUUAUCGUUACUCGGAUUUAUUCUCUGUGUGGCCUUCAUGUUUUUGAUCGACUGGGUUACGGCACUCAUUACUUUCGUCGUUAUAUUCGCGCUUUAUCUCAUCGUUGUUUAUCGUAAGCCUGAUGUCAAUUGGGGGGAUAGUACCCAGGCGCAGACAUAUAAAACAGCACUAUCUGUUGUCUACAGAUUAAACUCGAUCGACGAGCACGUGAAAAACUACGCACCCCAGAUUCUCGCCCUCUCAGGUUCCCCAGGAACUCGUCCCGAUCUCCUCCACUUGGCGAAUCUCAUAACAAAAAAUAAUUCCCUGCUCAUCGCGGGUGAAGUUUGUCCGGAUCGUCUGUCGUAUCGUCAACGAUCGGUGAGAUUGAGGAAUGGAUAUGCGUGGCUGCAGCGUCACCGAAUCAAGGCUUUUUAUCACGUUGUCGGGGAUUUGUGCUUCGAGAGGGGUGCCUCUGCGCUGAUGCAAGCUACAGGGGUGGGAAAGCUUGCCCCCAAUGUCGUUUUAAUGGGAUACAAGACCCAUUGGGCCAGUUGUAAUUACAAGGCUCUGCAGGAGUACUUCAAUGUUCUUCACACUGCUUUCGAUCAGAAACUGGCAGUUGCCAUGCUGCGCGUACCAAAUGGAUUGGACUCAUCAGUUAUCUCCAAUCACAUUGAUGAAGAGCACCUGAUGCAGAGUAGUUACGAUAUAGCUGGUAACACGUUGAUGCACGCAGACAGUGAUUUAUCGAUGAGCAGUAUAAUGCCAAGAGUGCAGAGUGUACCCACCAUCGGUACUCAGUACGUCGGGGUUGAGAGCCCGUCUUCGAUCGCGAGGGAAUCCCCCACUCACUUCAGCGCUAAGGAUCAUUUGAAAUUCAAGAAGAAGAAUGCGGCUGAUAAGAUGUUGUACGACAGAAAAAUCGGGACGAUUUCACACCCGGAAUACAUGACUAUUUUCCAAAAGAAGCACAAGCGCGGGGUGAUAGACGUCUGGUGGCUGUACGACGAUGGAGGAUUAACAAUCCUAUUACCAUACAUCAUCAGUACGAGGACGAAUUGGGAGCACUGCAAGAUGAGGAUAUUUGCUCUAGCGAAUCACAAGCAAGAGAUAGGAGCACAAGAGAAAGAAAUGGCAGAAAUCAUGGCUAAGUUCCGGAUAAAGUACGAGAGCCUGAAGAUGGUGGAUGACAUCAGUGUCCGACCCAAGCAGGAAACCCAGGAUUUCUUCGACAAACUCAUCGCUGAUUACCAUAAAAACGAAUCCAAUGAUUCAACAGACUGUAUGAUAACAGAAGCAGAGCUGCAGAUAUUGAGGGACAAGACGUAUCGACAACUGCGUCUCAGAGAAUUGCUCUUGGAAAAUUCUAGUCAAUCGACAUUAGUCGUGAUGUCUCUUCCAAUGCCGAGGAAGGGUGCCGUCUCAGCUCCCCUGUACCUCGCGUGGCUGGAGGCCCUGACCGCCGACAUGCCGCCGACUCUCCUCAUCCGAGGCAACCAGGCAUCAGUCUUAACAUUCUACUCAUAGUCCCCUAAUAUCUCAUUAACUACAACGUAAUCAGUCAUACGUACGAAGGUCCUCAAAGUCCCCUUGAAAAUGAUCAUUACAUCGACAGAAAUGUUGGCUGCGUGAUGAGAAGAAACCCCCCCCCCGCUCUCUCAUUCACAAAACUUCCGCAGUAUUUCCACCCUCACUAACCCCUAGAAAUCCUCAAAUCCCACCAACUUGACCCCUCAUCCCGUAUUUAUUAAAACCCCCAAAUACCCAUUAAUUAGGUAAAAAAAUUUAUGUAUAUACUUAAUGACAAGCUCGUCGAGCAGCUAUCAAGAUAAUCGAACUGAAGCUAUAUCCAGAAUCUAUAUCUAUAGAAUUAAUUAAGAAUCAAAAGAACAGUAUUUAUUAUUUUUUAAAUGUAUACCCAUUUCCGUAGAAUGUAUCAUUUAUUAAUUGAAUAAGAAAUACGAGAAUCAAUGGCUCACGAA